GCCAGAGCUGAGUCAGUUUUGGCAGGGAGACCUGUGAAGAAUGAAGGUGGACGUGCUGACUUUCUUGGCUCUGGCUGCAGCCAGCUCCGUCGUCAUGGUGACCGGCGGUCGCAGCUCAGGCCGCAGGAAACACAAGGAGAUCUUCAUCGGAGAGAACAGCAAGUUCAAGUUUGGAGGACGUAUCGACUACAAACUGAAGAAGCAGGACAGCACCAAAACGUUGUUAAUAAAAAGUGAACAACUGCUGAGAAUCGAGGAGCACGACUUCGCCAUGAGACCCGGCUUCGGAGGUGCAGCCAUCCCCGUAGGCAUCGACGUGCAGGUGGAGAGCAUCGAUAGCAUCUCGGAGGUCAACAUGGACUUCACCAUGACCCUGUACCUGCGUCACUACUGGAAGGACGAGCGGCUGUCGUUCCCGUCCAAAAACAACCUGAGCAGGACGUUCGACUCCCGACUGGUGAAGAAGAUCUGGGUCCCCGACGUCUUCUUUGUGCACUCCAAGCGCUCCUUCAUCCACGACACCACCAUGGAGAACAUCAUGCUGCGGGUUUACCCCGACGGAAACAUCCUCUACAGCGUCAGGGUCACGGUGACGGCUCUGUGCUCCAUGGACUUCAGUAGUUUCCCUCUGGACACACAGAACUGUUCACUGGAGCUGGAGAGCUAUGCCUAUAAUGAGAACGACCUGAUGCUCUACUGGAAGAACGGGAACGACUCUCUGAGGACGGAUGAGAUCGUCCUGUCUCAGUUCUUCAUUGAACAUUUCCACGCCUCCAGUGGUCUGGCGUUCUACAGCAGCACCGGUUGGUACAAUCGUCUCUUCAUAAACUUCAUCCUGCGUCGCCACAUCUUCUUCUUCAUGCUGCAGACGUACUUUCCCACCAUGCUGAUGGUCGUCCUGUCCUGGGUCUCCUUCUGGAUCGACAGGAGGGCCGUCCCUGCUCGAGUGUCUCUGGGUAUAACCACGGUCCUCACCAUGUCCACCAUCAUCACAGGAGUGUCGUCCUCUAUGCCUCAGGUGUCCUAUGUGAAGGCCGUGGACAUCUACCUGUGGACCAGCUUCCUGUUUGUCUUCCUGUCUGUGAUCGAGUACGCGGCCGUGAACUACUGCACCACUCUGGAGGAGAUGAGGAAGAUGAAGAGGGGGAAGAUCCCGUCCACCUUCAACGCCAGCCAGGCGAUGGCCUUCGACGGCUGUUUCCAUGACAACGACAUCGAGCUGACUCCAUUCCCCCGGCUGGCGCCCACGCUGACCUCUGACCCCCUCACCACGCCGACCCAGAGCCCAGAAGUGCGCCCCGCGGAGGGGACCCGCCUCCGCCGGCAGCGCUCAGUGCGGGAGAACGUGGACCUGCUGGUCAGCAACAGCUACAUGAUCGACUCGUACUCCCGUCUGGCCUUCCCUCUGUCCUAUCUGCUCUUCAACACCAUCUACUGGAGCCUGUACUCCUGAUCCUGCUGCUCCAAACUCUGCAUCCACAGACUCAAUCACCUCAACGAACUGACUCUUGACUGGAGACGGGAGCUCACGUACUCAGCUCCAGCAGCUUCGCCAAAAGUCUUUGCAGAAGAGAUUGAAAUAAAAACACUCAAGUCCCUUCGACUGGACGGGAACUGUAGUCGACGUGGCUUAAAUCCUGUGUGAUCUUUAUAUGUGUCUUUUCUUGUUGUGCUUCCUAAAGCUUUUAUUUCUUAGAAAAUUAGAGCGAAGGUCAUGUCAAAAUGUGUCACAAAUGUGUUACUUUUUUUUUAAAUAAAGCAUCUUGUUUUUGAUGAAUGAUGUGAUUGGAGCAAACCAACUACUGUCCGUGUUUAAAUAUUUUUAAUUGUAAUGUAAACUGACUCUAUGUGUUCUAGGUUAAUGACUCUUAACGAUGAAACUGAAAUCAUAGUUUUUGUACUGUUAAAAUGUUUUACUUUGGAAAACGUUUACCAGCUAGUCCAAAAUAGCCAUAUCAAGGAGUUUGAAUUGUGCCACGUCAUCAGUUUUAUCUAUUUAUUUAUUAAUUUAUUUGUUCUUCCCUCUGCCACUGAUGUCAGGGACAUGGAUGAGUCUGAUUAAAUACAGUAAAAAUGUAAAUAUUUACUGCUUUUCCUUAAAAUGAAUUGCUAACAUUGCAGAAUGCAAUCAGAUCAAUUUUAUUGCUUAUCUUUGGCAUAUUCAAGCCUCUAAUUACCACUAAAGCCGCAUCAACCUACUGUUUAUUUUCAUGGAAAAAGAUUUUUUUUUUGUCUGUUUGUUUUUUGUACAAGAAAAAAAAAAGAAAAAACAUUUAAUACUUCAUAUUUUCAGACUGGCAUUUCAAAUCGUGAAAACCAUUGAAUUUUUUAGAGCAGGUCUGAAGUUGUUAGAAGAAAUAUUGAUGUAUUAGGAUUAUAUGUUUUUUUGCACAUGUACAUUUUUUGCUAUCACGGUGUCUGUGUCCAGAGUAAAAGACGCUGGACUUCAAAAAUGUAAAUAAAAAUAAAAUUAUCACCAAA